CAACUUAUCCUCAAUCGGCUAGUUUGGUCUAGCCAAUAUGGCGAUCCUCAUGUAGGGGACGAGUGUUAUUGCCUGUCACAUUUUCGGCACUUCAGACCUUUAUUUAUUUUUAUCUUUAAUAUUAUCCAGUCCGUCAUGUUCUCCAGCGUGGCUUUACGAGGCGCUGUGAAAUCGUCACGCGUCGUUUUGCGGGAAAGCGGCGUUUUGUCAAAGCUGACAGGAUCCUGCGCGGCGCUGUCAUCGAGAAACUGGACGUGCAUCUCCGCGGUAACAUCUAGACCGACUGUCAGCUGUGGUGGAGGGAGCUUUGCUUCUCAGCCAGUAGUGAGACAUUAUGCCAGUGCUGCAAAGAAAAAGAAGACAGUCCUUGAGAGCCAGCUGAGCGAUCUUCCUCCAACAAUGCUGAAAAAAGAUUUUGCUGCCGUUCCCCUCGCUCAAACGACUGAUGAUGUUGUCAGACGACUUCUUACAUUGGAGUUAGCAAGCCAUAAAGAAAAGCUACAGCUUAAAAAAGAACAGCUGAUUGCUAAAGUCCAGAGGGAUGAGGAUGACCACAGCUCAGUAGAGGUCAAGGUGGCCAUUUUGACAGCAAGAAUCCGAAACUAUCAGGAGCACAUGCAAAAACAUCACAAGGACAAAGCUAAUAAAAGACGGAUGCUUAUGGCCAUCGACCGCAGGAAGAAGCUUUUGAAGAACCUCCGGCUGGUUAACUACCAAGCCUUUGAGAAUGUGUGCCAGCAGCUGGGCAUCACCUACACCUUCCCCCCAGAGUACUACAGACGGGCCACCCGCCGCUGGCUGGCCAAGAAAGCCUUUUGCAUCAAGGUUUUCAAAGAGGUGCAGAAACAAAAGGCUGAGCAGAAGCUGAGGAUGAGUCAAAGCCGGGCCAGAGAGGAGGCAGCCAAGACAACAGCUGCUGAGACCCCGUGAACAUUGCAGCAUAUUACUCUAAAUGCUCGUCCAGAAUAACAUCUUCACCUUCUUUAACACCUUUACGUUACCCUUGGACCAUGUGGUACUGUGGGAAUGGAUGAUCUUUCCCUGCUUGACUUGAUACCAUCAUGCAAAAUGAGUUCUUGUUUGUUGAUGUGACCAAUUAGAAGUCAAUGAAAAUAAAGACGUUUGAAACAGUGAUA